AUGUCAACUGGAGAUGGCACGAAUUCGCUGGUCCACGUCAGCAGCAGCAGGCCCGACGUGUGGUGGUCCUUCCCUGACAACAUCGCCAAGAGACUGCCGUUGCCACCCGGCCGCUGGCAGAGAAUAGAGGUGCGUGGGGAGGGUUGGGAGAGGGGAGGUGCAGCUUUACGUUCCCUCUCUUCAUUCAUGCAUGCUUGCACAUCUUCCUUAAACUCCCUCGCCUCUCCUACUCCAUACCCACGCUGCUCGCCUCCCUCCCUCCCCUCCCUCCCUCCCUCCCUCCCUCCCUCCCUCCCUCCCUCCCUCCCUCCCUCCCUCCCUCCCUCCCUCCCUCCCUCCCUCCCUCCCUCCCUCCCUCCCUCCCCUCGACCACCUGUGAGCGACAGCAGUCUGGCGGGCAUAGGAGGGGCGGCUGUGGGACUGCCUGAUACCAUACUGAGCUUCUCAGAUGUGCUGCUUCUCAAAUUGGCCAUGGGAGGGGAUCAAAUGGAGGUAGGCAUGUUUGGUGGGGGUGGGGGUGGGGGAACGGGUAUAGGAAGGAAGGGGGGCUCUGAGUUUGAGGCCGCCAUGCUGAGCUUCUCAGACAUGUUGCUCAUGCAGGGCAAGCGUGCCGUGCCCGUUGGGGGUGGUCAAGUGGAGGGCCUGGAAGCAGCGGCAGCCUUUGUGACACGCCUGCUGCCCUCACUAGUCGACUCGCGCACUGUUGCUCCACACACACAGAACUUGGAGUUUGGGCAGCAGUAUGAGCAAGAACCUGGGCAUGAGCACCGGCAGCGGCUGCAGCAUUUCCAGCAGGACUGUGGGAGCGAUGUGAGGGUGGUGGGCGACGAGAGGAUGGUCGAUCUUCAUAGGGACAGGCAACACACACUCACGCCCCACGUGACAGAGAGGGUGCGAGUGUAUGCAGCAGGGAGGAGGAUGGGCACGGGCAUGGGGCCGACAGUGGCGGAGGCAAAGCGAGAUGGAGCAGCCAAGGCACUGCUCGCAUGGGGUAAGGUGUUCGGGGGAGGAGUGGGGGAGUGA